AUGGAUCCCGCGUCAGCCGCCGGUCUCGCCAUUGGUGUGGCGUCUCUGGUUUUUGAGGUGUUUGACAGCUCUGUUAAGGUUUUCAAAUUUCUUUCCCUCAUGGUGGAUAUGCCUAAAGACUACAAACACUGUCAACUCAAGCUCGUGAUUGAGUAUAACCGCCUGCUUGCCUGGGGCAAAGCAGUUGGCUUGAUCGAUGCUACUGAAGACUCUGAUGUGGCUAAAAGCUUGGGGACCAACGCGGUUGAACUUUGCAGCGUGCUUUCUCGAAUAAGGUGGCUUCUGGAAGAAUUUAGGGAGAUUAAUAACCGCUGGAAGACCGAAAUCACGAACCAAUCCCCAGACUACGAUUCCCUUGAAGCGUCUGAUGUGUCAGAGAUGGUCUCGCACUUAGAAAUCGCCUACGAAGAGACGAAGUCAAAGGAAAUACACAAACGCGUACGAAAACAAAGCCGCGUCAAACAGUGGAUGUCGAAGCUAGUGGCGGAUGCCAGGGAUAUCAGUGCCCAUCCGUCACGCAUUCGAUGGGCCGUCGUGGACAAGAAGGCCUUUGAGGAGCUCCUGGAAGAUUUACGCUUCCUUACCGGACGGCUCCAUCAGCUGUUGGUUGACCAUCGCCAGAAGCGGGUCGCAGAUAUAACUGCCGAAACAUAUCGAGAGCUGGUUCUUACCCGUACGAACGUCGAAGAGCUCAAGGCUAUGCUUGAAGCGAUGAAUAGCCUGAUGAACAACCCGUACAACCUCAGAGCAGAUUGCGACACUGUUAAUGACAAAACUUUUAGGGAUCUGUUGCGACUGAAAGAAAUAAAUCGCACCGCGGAUAUGAUCCUUGCAAACCUCGAAAGUGACGACAGUAUUGACAUUCAUAUCGCCUGGAACGGUCUCAUCAACGUUCCGGAGUACAACGGAGCAACAUUGCCGGACUAUUUUAUCCACACCGAUGAAAAUGAUAAUAAGACCACAUCGAAGGUGACCCGCGCAAGGGGAGCCUUGAUCCGCGAUGAGUCUUAA